AUGACAGAAGCAGAUUCGCCGUUUUCCGGCUACGCGACUUUCGCGAGCUUCCUUGCCUCAGAUCCAGAGCUUUCCAUCUUCAGAGGCUUCCAACAAUUGAGUUCUAGAAAUCUUCUGUACUUGCAAUCUGAAUUGCUGGAGCUCGAGAACCAGUUGAAGGAAUUCGACCAAGAUGAUGCCCAAAAGGCGGACCUGGAUGUCAUGCUCUUGUCAAAGUGUUGGGAAGUAUUUUCUGCAAGAGCACAGGAACAACCAAGAGAAGCCGAACGAAUGGAAGUAAUAUCUCGCAUAAGGACCUUGACUAAGGAGUACUACGAGGCUCUAUUACUCCGGAGAGAAAUCAUGAAACUUCCCAAGCCGGAAGAUCGUGUCUAUAAAGUCUUUAAAGAGUGGUUUCAAUCCGAGACUCCAUUUGUAGGCUAUGGCAGUCGUCUCCUGCAAGAUCAAGACGACUUCAUCGCCCUUAGUCCAGCCAUUGGCGAUGAUGCCUUGAGUAGAUCCCUUAGAAACCUAGCAGGGACCUACCUUUCUGGGUCAAGGCACGACGCUACCGGGAGAAUAAAGUACUACUCAGAAAGACAUGUUUCACGCCUAGUUACCGUUGUCACAGUCAUUGCGGCUUCCCUGUUAAUUGAAGCGGCCGUCGUGGCCCUAUACCUCAUCAAAAAUGAGGCGCUUCGACUAGCAAUGAUCGCCGUCUUUACCAGUGUAUUCGCAGCGAGUCUGGCUCUUAUGACGGAUGGGAGACGAACAGAUAUCAUUCUCGCAACUGCUGCAUGUGCGGCUGUCCUGGUAGCUUUUGUCGCCGCCGGAAACGACAAGUAG